AUGUUGUCUGAUCCGUUCGUAGCACCGCCGGCAACAAUGGGCUAUGGAGAUGAUGCCGGGGCCGGUGUAGUGUCUAUGAUCAUGUGCUUUGCCCUUGGCAUUGCUAAUAUUUUUUCGCCUCCUGUUCGAAUCAUCUUCUCCGUGAUCUGCCUUGCAUGUUCGUUCAUCAUUCUCUUCAUUGAGGUCCCUUUCCUGCUACGAAUUUGCCCGACUUCCGCCAAGUUCGAUGCCUUCAUUCGCCGCUUCACAACGAACUGGAUGCGCGCUGCUGUGUAUGCCGUGAUGUGCGCUAUCCAGUGGGUCAGCCUUGUCACCGGCGCCUCGAGUCUCAUCGCCGCCGCGGUUGUCCUCUCCAUUACCGCGAUCUUCUACGCGCUGGCUGGUGUGAAGAGCCAGGAGUUUGUCGGCAGCAAGACCCUCGGUGGUCAAGGAGUCGCGCAGAUGAUUGUCUAG